UUGUCACCUACGUUGUUCUUGUGAAAGGAGGUAAAGCCUUUGGUUACAUCGAAUGGUGUGGAUUGGAAUUCUCAGAACUCAAUGGAUUUUGGCUACCACGAAAACGCCAUUGUCAUUACGAAGCUUGGCGAGAUGGAAGGACUGACAAGCGAAUUGUGCUUAGAUGGUUCUGGAUGUGAAAAACUGAGGCUCCUUGACGACUUUACAAAUUUCUUGCAGCAGCAAAUUAUUCUUAAGGUGACACAAGGAGAUUCGGUAAUGAAGCAGAUGCCUACACAUUUAAGGUUACUUUUGAAAAUGGAAUAACUUUGCCGCCAAUGCAAGUCAAGCCAUUGGGAAUCGAAUGCUGUACCGAUUGCAAAAUUUGGUGAGCUGGGGUGAUUUUAUUUCGAAUCGUGAGAAUCAUGUUAAUCCAGACCAAGUGCUGACGAAGUUGUCGGCAAUCACUGAAAUAAAUUCAAGCAAAAUAAGCGUGAUCCUCUGCGUUGACAGUAUGCAAAAGUUUCAACAUGAUCCAUGAAGAAAGGGCUCUAAGUUUUAUUGUGUGCUUGUGUCGCUUUGUGACCUCAUUGAAGCCUGGGUAAUUGUGAUCUGCGCGGCGACUAUAUACCAGCCAGUGAAUGGUAUUCUGGCCGAUUCACAACUAUGGACACUGGUAUUACAGACGACAUCAUCGGAGCGCCCGAAGAUCAACGGCCGAGACGUAUUCGAUGUUUUCGACCACGGCAAUCGAGCCUUGACUCAGCUAUUCAUUGAUGAC